GAAUUCUCUCGACGACGAAGACGACGACGACGACUCUCUCAGUGACUCUCGGGCAAUCGGCCGAUCGGUUCUUCGCUCUACCUCGCACUCUCCAGGGUCAAGAGUAGCUCUCACAGGCUCUACCAUGAAAAUGCGAAAGGACGAGAUCAAAAUCAACUAACGUGAGCAGCAUCAGCAAGUGAGAAGAUUAGCAGUAAUAAUGUUCAUGUUCGCGUCGUCCAACGCCUCCUCGAGGGACAGCAUGCAGCCGACGCCGACGAGUCGCAGGGGCCAGCAGAACCGCUACACGCGCUCCUCGACGACGAGCGUGACCCAGCUACUCAGCGACAGCUGUUCCAACCUCCUGCAACGGCUGACCAGUCGUGUGCGUGGACCUACGGCCGAGCGCGCUGCGCCUCUGUCCACAACCUCGUCCUCGACGCCGGUCUCGCCGCGGGCUCAGCAACGAAGGUACCAGCCGGCAGCGUCGUCAGCUGCGACAACCGGUAGAAGCAGACAGAAGACCGAGGACUCGUCACUGACGUCGAUGCUCGGCAGCGCGAGAAGCCGACUCGAGGAGAAGUACUCGUCGAUCCUGGAGAGGAAGCCGAGCUUUCUGAGACACCGGGACCGCGAACUCAGUCCCUUCGUCAGGGAGGAUCGAACGCUCGAACCGUCGGCCAGGCGAAGCGUCCUGAAGAGUCCCAGCAGCACGAUACUGCUCAGCGAGAAAGCCUACCCCUACGUCAGCCCUGUGAGGAGAGAGAAGACACCCUGCGGACACGAGCGGAGGGCGCAGAGGUCCAGGAGGACCACCGGCAGCAGCGGCCAGAGUAGUUUGAGCAACAGCGCGGUCAACCUCCACGACAAGUACUCUACUCCGUCCCUCCGUCGUCAAGCCCAUCAACACGGCAGCCACAUCUCCUCGUCCACGACAGCCCUCGACGGCCCGGAAUCGUCCUACCGUCGCUAUGGCCGUCACAAGUCCGGCCAGUCCGAGACGCGAACGCGCAAGGUUCGUCCGCAGACGCGUCACGGCAAGAGCGAACAGCCGGAGACGUCGACGGUUUCGUCGUCGAUCGACCCAGAGAAGACACCUCUGGUCGAGGAACCCGACGAGACGCCAAAGCUCGUAAUAGUGGACGAUUCCGCCGACGACGACCCCGCCAUCGCCGAACGCGAGGCCAAGAGGAAGGAGAUCCAGAGCCUGAUAGCCAAAUACGCGGCCCUCGACGAUAUCUAUGGAAAGUCGACGACGGACGCCAUCGCCAGCAAGUAUCAGAAGAGAAAAGACAGGGAGACGAAUUUGCUCGGCAACAACGUUGAGGACGAAUUGGACGAGGACGAUUUUGUGGUGGUACCCGACACGACAAGGAGGCUCGGCAAGAAGGCGCCACUCAGCCCACGAGCGCCCUCCGUCGAGGACGACGAAGACGGCCACCUCGUUUACCAUUCUGGCGACGUCCUGGCGAAUAGAUAUAAAGUACUGGCCACCCUAGGAGAGGGUACUUUUGGAAAGGUUGUCAAGGUUAAGGACUUGCAAAUGGAUCAUGUGAUGGCACUGAAGAUCAUCAAGAACGUGGAGAAGUACCGAGAGGCCGCCAGACUAGAGAUCAACGCUCUGGAGAAGAUCGCGGCGAAGGAUCCCGAGGGGCAACACUUGUGCGUCAAGAUGCUUGACUGGUUCAACUACCAUGGCCACAUGUGCAUCGCUUUCGAAAUGCUUGGACUCAGUGUCUUCGAUUUCUUGAGGGACAACGACUUCCAACCCUACCCGCUGGAUCACGUUAGACACAUGGGUUACCAACUGUGCUACGCAGUGAAAUUCCUACACGACAACAAACUGACACACACAGACCUGAAACCUGAAAACAUUUUAUUCGUCGAUUCUGCAUUCGACCUUGUCUACAAUAGUAAAAAAAAGACUGUUCCUUCUAAGCGAAAGGACGUGAGAAUAGUCAAAAGGACGGACAUUCGACUGAUUGAUUUUGGCAGCGCUACCUUCGACCAUGAGCACCACAGCACUAUCGUCAGUACAAGGCACUACAGGGCACCAGAAGUAAUUUUAGAAUUAGGAUGGGCACAGCCUUGUGAUGUAUGGUCGAUCGGCUGCAUCCUCUUUGAAUUAUACCUGGGCAUAACUCUAUUCCAAACACACGACAAUCGCGAGCAUCUCGCGAUGAUGGAACGCAUCCUCGGUACGAUACCACACAGAAUGGCCCGCAAAACCAAAAUCAAGUACUUCUACCACGGCAAGCUCGAUUGGGAUGACAAGAGUUCCGCUGGCAGAUAUGUCCGUGACUAUUGCAAACCGCUGCAUAGAUAUCUUUUAUCAGACGACGAGGAUCACAAGCAGCUGUUCGACCUAAUCCAGAAGAUGCUAAACUACGAGCCGUCGUCGCGCAUCACACUUAAAGAAGCCCUAGCUCACCCCUUCUUUGAUGCGCUUCCCGCGAGUCAGCGACUGACGGAUCCGCGCGCCGCCGGUGACUCCCAGCAGUCGCACGAACGCUCGCACUCACUCUCACGAUGAAGCUAGGAGAGGGACCGCCGCACCUCUGGCUGCCCAACAAUGGCAUCAGCGCGUCGUCGUCGCAGCAGUAGUCGCCGCCGCCGCCGUCGUGGCCGCGUCUUCACUGUCAGCAGCUAUCAGUCGCUCGUCGCGCGAUGACACCACCACCGAGUGUGUGUGUAGCCGUCGUUUUACUCGUUCACGUUAUUCAAGUCAUUCACGAACAGAGCGAGCGGAAGAUAACCACGUCGCUCCAUACUGUCGUAUCUCAUGGUACAGAUGUUUGUCUCUCCAUUUUGUUUAUUUUUUUAACGCACAUCGAAUUUAGUUUUGAGUCUUUUUAAAAAAAAGAUCUUUGGAGCCGCGAAUGAACUUGAGACGUGGACAUCGUGUCGGUCCUGUAGACGAUGAGAAAAAAAAAGAAAAAUAAUUUAUGACAAUUAUUUUUUUUUAAAUGCUUUUGUGAAAUUUUGUGGGUCGACAAGCGUGUACGCGUUGUGUGCGAGCUCGCUGGGCUACGUAGAAUCCACCGAUUGUACAAGAAAUUUGAAUCAAUUACCAAAACUUUUCAGUUUUAAUGUGAAUUCCUCGAGAACGAGAUAUAAUUAUUGAAUUUUACUUUUGACCAUUGAGGAAUUGUUGUAUGUUGUGGAUUCUUUCAAGAAAUCAUUAUUGUAUAAGACUCAUUGUAAAGUCCAUCGUGGACAGCUCGCGUGCGUCCCGCGAAACUGUAGACGUUUUUGUAUGAGAAUCUUCUGUACAUUUUAUCCUUUAAUUUUCUUAAGAUUAUAUAUUCUUAAUAUGCAAUAACAACACAACAGCGAAGAAAAGAGUAACGAAGUAAAAUUGGAAGAAAAAAAGUAAAUGAAUGGCACUUUUCACUUGCGUUCUCGUGUUUGGUCGUUGUGUUGAUUAAUGACAUAGAAUCGACGACUAGGAUAGGUCUGUUUAUGUUUCAGCUAAGCUAAGCUAGCAGGUAAUUUUAGCAUAGGGUACAAUUAGCGAUUAAAUAGUUGUUGGAUUAAUUGAUUCUUAACGAAGAGAACGAGUGAGAUUUUUACAAAGGAUAUUUCCUAUUUCCCUCUCGUUUCCUUUCGUCGCCGAAUGGAGAAUCCGAUGAUUGCCCUAUGGAAAAGAAGUCCGAAGUGUAAAUAAGUAAAAUAUGUUAACAAUUCAAAUUCAUAGCUUCUUUCAGUGACCUACAUAUUUCUAAAUAUACUAUUAUAAACAAGAUACGCUACUCACAGAAGCCUUUCGAUAAAACUUAUCUUAUUCAGUUUCAUCUUGAAACUUCAUUCGUAAUACAUACAUGAUUUCAUUUUCAGAAACUAAUGUUGCCUACUUACGGCGGCAUAUUAUUUUCAUUCGCUUACCUUUUAAAAACAAAAGUAUAGUGUAUACUUUUAUGUAAUUUGAAUUUUACGAAUGGAUACUUUUGAAAUCUAUAUCAUUAUAUUUUUCAAAAAUAAUAUUAUUUGUGAAAUAAAAGAGUUUAUAGUUC